AUGCCGGCAAAGCGCAGCACGAAUCCAGCAAACGGCGAGCCUCGAGCAGCACUAAGCGCACCUGCAGCGGACCUGGGCCUGCGGGCUCCCCAGCCGCCCGGAGACGCGGUGCUUGCAGCGACGAGGCGGCCGGCCGUCGACGUUGGGGCUGGGCUGGGGUUAGGCACUAGGGGGGUGGGUUCUGACCGAGGAAUGGAGAAGCUAGCUGCUAACGUCGUGGAAUACAGGCGGUGGUCGCGGCUGCCGCGGCUCGUGGAGGCGGAGCGGGCACCGGAGAUCGGAGAGAAGGAAGCGGGGUUUAUGCUCGCUGUUGUUGGAAAAAAUUCAGAGAUGGCGUCGAAAGCGACUCACGUUUACCUCGUUUGGUAG